CGCAUCAAAACAACACACACACAAAUCAUCUCUAUUCCCCGAAUCACAAUAACCAACAUGCUCUUCAAGCCCGCCGCCCUCGCCACCGCUCUUCUGGCUUUCACAGCCAUUGCGGCCCCUGAAGGCAUCAACGCGGAGAAGCGCCAAGACUUGACGACUGAAUCCAAAAGUAGCAUCAGUUGCAAAACGCAGAACGAGCUCGCGGGUGCUUGCCAGAAAUACUGCGGCUGCAGGGGCAAGGGCACCGAUCAUAAGGCUUUGUGGUGCGAUGAGAACGUGGUUAAAAAGGCGGCUUGCGAGGAUAACGACUGUAUUUGCAAAUAGGGUGGAUUGGUAGUGGAGGUGGAGGAGUAGGAGGUAGCGUGCGCUAUGGAGGUUUGGUUACUGGCUGUGUGUGGUUUUUUGCGGCUUUGUACAGCUCUUUCACUCGUUUUAGUUCUGUUAUUUGUUUGGGGAAUAGAAGAAGCUUCGUAUACUAUACGAAAAAUU